GAUGUCAUAAAAGAUUUUAUCAAUUUGGACCAAGAUCUUCUAUUAGAUCUCGUGAAAUUUUGUUUUCACUCUGGGUAUUUCCUGCUUCAAAGGAAUUAUUAUAUACAGAAAGAAGGAUGCGGGAUGGGUAGUCCAGCAAGUCCCGUGAUUGCCGUCACUGCAGUAGAUUAUGUGAUAUCAAAAGCCCUGGAGAAAGCCAUACGUCUAAGUCAUGUGAAUAUGGUGGCUGUAAGUACUGGUAAAGUGAAACACUUGCUCAUGAACAACAACUAUCCGUCAUCUCUUCUCAGGAAGUGUGAGAAAAUUACUAAUGAUAGAAUUAAUAGUAAUUUGAGGAUUGAGGCUGGUUUGAGAGGGUGA